CGGGCUACAAUCACGGGCAAGCUUACGAUACCAAACAAACGGAAUCAUGUGCUGCGUUACGCGAGAGUCGUAUAUAUAAGCUGCAUGGAUUGCUAUCAAAUGUUCAUAAGGUUCACAGUGGUUGUUCGGUUGAAAGUGCAAAGUCUAGGUAUUUGCGAUUUAGAUCUGCUCUAAGCAGUUGUUGGUUCGGAAACGGUGAAUAGUUCGAUAGAUAAUGUCACACAGGUCUACAUCAAAACAGAUUCCUCGAAUCGAAAAUCGGAGUAGCAAGAAUGUCUACAACGUGCUCCUCGUCGGAGAAACGGGAUCUGGAAAGUCGACUCUUAUCAACUACCUGACCAACUUCUUUCGCGGCGGGACACUGCAAAGCCUGAAGAUUGCGAUCCCCUCACCGCACUAUCGUGCUACGGAGGGUUUUGCACAUCAUGAAAAUGAUCUUGAUGAUGCCAUGAAGAGCAAAACCGGAAAAUGUACGUUUUACAAUUUCUCAUUAAAUGGAACACACUACGCCUUCAUUGAUACCCCAGGCCUAAGUGACACAAGUGGACGAAAUAAGGACGCUGAAAACAUAUUGAAAAUCAUGGAUGUCGCUGAGAUGUCUGGAACGAUUGCAGCCGUUAUGCUUGUAAUAAAUGGAACUGUUUCUCGAAGAACCGCGACUCUGACAAGCACAAUCAAUAUGAUGAAAAGCUCUGUACCAGAUGUUCUGCUCAAGAAUCUUGUGGUAGUUCUCACCAAUUGCUCUGCAACUAGCGCAAAUUUUGAUGUUGGUGCACUAAGCCCUUGGAUAAUUGCGGAAAAAAAUAAGUUCUACAUGAACAACAGCGCUUUGAGUAAACCUAUGACAUUUUGGAUGGAUGAUGAGGAAAAAUUUGAUGAGAUCGAGCGUGAUUGGAAAAAGUCCAUGCGAACAUUAGACAAGAUGGUGAAGCAAAUUACUCAGCUUGGACAUGUAACAUCUAAUGCAUUUGGGGAAAUGCGUACAAAGAAAUCUGAGAUCAAAGCAGAGCUCAACGCCCAUAUGAGUGACAUGAAGAAACUCAAUGCUUUACGAAAUAAACUAACUGAUCUGCAACAUGCCGAAAACGUUGCUGCUAAUGCUGUUUCAUCGUAUUCAAAUUACAGGAAAAAUACAGAAGUAGAAUAUGUGGAAAAUAAGCCCACUCCGUAUUAUAAUGUCAUUUGUAGAAUACAUGGUACUGUUUGCUGCCUCAACUGUGAACGUAAUGGAUUUUGGCCAAUGACAUUUUGUAGUUACUUUGUUGGCCUCAGUCCAUGCAGAAACUGUGGCUGCGGCAUUGGGGAUCAUUUCGACGCUCAAUAUGAACCAGUCAAAAAAACUAAAACUGUUGAAACGAUACUGGAAGAAACCAAGCAACUCUAUGAUCAAAGUACACACCAGCGAGCUAUGAUUCGAGGCCAAUUGUGCAACCUCAGUGGAGAUCUUGACUUCCUGGAGAAAGAAGUAGACGCAAAAAUACAGAAAAUUAUCGACAAUUGUAGGGCACUUCAAAAAAUAUGUUCUCAGUUUAACUUUUCCGACGAGUUGGCAAGCACCAUAGCCGCCUUAAAAGCCGACGCUGGCUCUUUAACCAAUUUGGAAGUCAAAGCAGAUGCUUUAGCGAAGAUAGCAAGAAUUCAGAGUUUCACGACAUCACUCAGCACGAAACCAGGUGGAAAAUGGUAACCUCCAAGUCGACUAUGGAGAUCAUCCCCUCUAUGCUGACACAACUCUGCGAUCCAUUGUGAAAUGUAACGAGCUCGGCAAAACAACUGCGAUGAAAUGGGUAUUAUGGUUUUAUUAAAUAUAAUAUUUAACUUCAGGCAAACAAAUUAGUUUCAUUUGUUAAAUAUCCGAAAUUCAUUAAUCGAAGCCUGCCAAACCUUUUACGGUCGCCAGCCACAGGUGGUACUCCAUACCACAGAGAACAAACGUUUAAGCUCGAACAAAAAUACGCCGAAACCGUGUGUAAAGGAUUUAAAUGUACCUCAACGCCACCAACGGAGACUGCUCCACUUAUAAAGUCGAUUUGACCCCACGAUGGCAGUGUUCAUCGUUAAAUUACACUAGCCCACAAAGCGACACGAGCGCCAAACGGCUAAAAACGGCGAGCACUGGAAACAAAUAUGACAACACAACAAUGUAAGUGGUGAGACAAUAGAGCUAAUAAACUAUAGAGGAAGAAUGUCGCUGGCGUCGUCGCCGCAACAUCUCUUGCUGGCGAAGAUAGGCAGGGAUAUAAG